AUGGUGAGGCCUCCUUGUUGCGACAAAGGAGGAGUGAAGAAAGGGCCAUGGACUCCUGAAGAAGAUAUCAUUUUAGUUACUUACAUCCAGGAACAUGGUCCUGGUAACUGGAGAGCUGUUCCCACCAAUACGGGGUUGCUUAGAUGCAGCAAGAGUUGUAGGCUUAGAUGGACAAACUAUUUAAGGCCAGGAAUCAAAAGAGGAAACUUCACAGAACAUGAGGAAAAGAUGAUUGUCCAUCUCCAAGCCCUCUUAGGCAACAGAUGGGCUGCAAUUGCGUCUUAUCUUCCACAAAGGACAGACAAUGACAUCAAGAACUAUUGGAACACUCAUUUGAAGAAGAAACUUAACAAAGCCAGUCAAGAUUCUCAUAAAGAACUUGAUCAAUCAAGAGACCAUUCCUCGCUCUCAUCUUCGCCAUCGUCUUCUUCUGCUAAUUCUAAUUCAAACAUCUCAAGAGGCCAAUGGGAAAGAAGGCUUCAAACCGAUAUCCACUUGGCGAAAAAGGCUCUAUCUGAGGCUUUGUCUCCUGCCGCAGCACCGAUCAUUACCUCAACAUUGGCUACGACGACAACAACAUCUUCUUCUGCUGAAUCAAGACGUUCUACUUCCUCAGCUUGUGGGUUGCUUAGGACGCAAGAAACAUCUGCCACUUAUGCAUCGAGCACCGAGAAUAUAGCGAAAUUGCUCAAAGGGUGGGUGAAGAGCUCUCCAAAGAUCCAGAACUCUGCGGAUCAAAUGGUUACUCCAGAUUCUGAGUUAAAGGAAGUGAUCAAGAGUGAUGAUGAUGGAAAGGACUGUGAAGGGGCAUUUCAGUCAUUUUCGGGGUUUGAUCACUUGAAAGAUUGUGACCCAUCACAUCAUCAGGCUGGACUUUCACCUGAUCAUGAGACCAAACCAGACAUAACUGGUUCCAGUAACCAAAGUCAAUGGUCUUUGUUCGAGAAAUGGCUUUUUGAGGAUUCUGGUGGACAGAUUGGCGAUAUUCUAUUGGAUGAAAACCCUAAUUUCUUCUGA